GGAGAGGAUCAAGGUGGAAGGGAUCUGCGCUAGGAGGGGCGGGGCUGGAGUCCAGGGGGAGGGGGAUAGCUUGAGGAAUGGGUUGCGGCGGAGAGAAGACAGCCUGGAGAGAGGGGUGGUGUGAGGAAAGAAUGGAUGGCAGACCGUCAUUGUGGGGGGUCACUGAGGGGUCAAUAUAAAGAUGUUACCAAGUAUGGUGACUCGUACGAGGGGGUGAAGGAGUUUAAUACUGGGGAAUCAGUGAGUGCGAGGAUUAGUUGGAUUAAUGGAAUUAGUUGACCAAUGAUUCGGGGCGGGAUGGGGAGGCUGCAGUCAGUAUUGGGGCAAGAGUCGUAGCAAGUUGGGGAAAGAAGGCGGAACGAAGCAGCUGAUACUGAGAAGAGGGAGAGGAGCACAGUUGAUCAGAGUCCAAAUGAGGAGUGUGUCUGAAGAAUUAAAAAUUGCAUUAAGAAGGAAGUGAGGCGUCCACUGUUCAAGGUGGGCAGAAAAUAGUGUUGGGGGCCUGAGGAGUUCUUCUGUGUUGGAAAUAUUCCUGCCUGGAAAUUGUAUUGGUAUUUCCUCUUCACUACCGAUGGAGUCCACCAUCAAGUGCAUAGUGAUUUAGGAAAUUAGAUGACUAUGCAAGGAGCCCUAAAUUCUAUGGGAAAAAGAAGUUACACCAUUUACCCUCCCUUCUACCCCUUCUCCAGAUCUGAUUUAACAUAGAUGUUCCUGAGAAGAUUGCCUCCCUGCCCCUCCCUCGUUACCUUACUCGCCUAUGUCCUUGCUUCUUUCCUUCCAUUCACAUUGAUUCCUGUCAGAGUAAGACUGCCCUUUAGCCCAGUGUGGAGUGUGAAGUUUUCUUUUCUUUCACAACAAAGUUUGGGGGAGAGGCGGAUGGGGAGAAGAGCAUGGAAAACAGGGAAGCGGCUCUGGGAACACCACAUUAAAGCUCAGCUUCUCCCAGAGGUGCAUCUAAAUAAAUCCUGGCUUAUUUCAUAGCUAUUUCUGUCAGGCUUCUAUUUUUGCUUUGUUAACUGGGAAUUUAGACCUUUCGUCUCUCUUCAGCCGCAUAUUUGUAAACAGUCUCUUCCCUAUUCUAUUACUUACCAUGCCCCGUUAUGCAGUUGCAGUAGAAUUUCAAGAACCUGAGUGUACAUUCAGUAGAAAACGAGGAAGGACUCAAUGGAAGAAGGGCAAAGGGUUAGGAAUCUUAGACUUGAGAGAAAGUCCCUGCUUCAGAGCGAGGAUAAAGAAUGCAACAAAAUUCUACUUGCUCAGACUAUACAGGGACCUUGGGAAUGUCCCAAGUCAGGGAAAUUGGGUCAGGUCACUGAAAAGGAAUUUUAAAAAAUAGCGUUUUUAUCAGGGGAAGAGUGUGUGUAUGAGACCUGCAGUGCACAACUAGAAAUAUUAAGUCUAAGGAGAAUGUCGCACCCCCGUGGCAGUUGAGAAGUAAAGACAGCAGAUGAUGAAAACUGGAAAGGUUGAGAGGUCGAGGUAUAUAUAAAAGUCCGCUAGAACUUUCUUUUUAUUUUUUUUUUUGAGACAGGAUUUUCACUCUUGUCGCCCAGGCUGGAGUGCAGUGGCGUGAUCUCAGCUCACUGCAACCUCCAUCUCCUGGGUUCAAGCGAUUCUCCAGCCUCAGCCUCCUGAGUAGCUGGGAUUACAGGCGUGCGCCAACCCACCCGGCUAAUUCUUUGUAUUUUUAGUAGAGGCGGGGUUUCGCCAUGUUGGCCGGGCUGUUCUUGAACUCCUGACCUCGAGUGAUCUGCCUGCCUUGGCCUCCCAAAGUGCUGAGAUUACAGGUGUGAGCCACCGUGCCCGGUGGUCAGCUACAACUUUCUAGUCAAAAUUGCAAACCCCAGUUUUAAUGAAAGAGUUUAAAAUAAAGAUAGAGAAAAUAAUUAUUCAAGACUAUUUUCAAAAUCUAUGAGACUAUGUAUAUAAGAUAUUAUUUCUGUAAGACAAGUUCAUUUACUUAAGGAGUUUGUGGCUUUCACUAGAGUCAUUGGUCAGUCUUUCUGAGAACUUUUGGAGACCACGGAAAAUUGCUGAUGUGUGACUCAAUUUUUAUUUUUGGAAAAUAAUAACAGAUAUUCAUAUCCUUACAGUUCAUAGAAACAAAUGCUAACCUUUUGUGUAUUUGCUUCAGAUCUUUUUUACAAUUGAAAUAAACACUGUAGAUAAGGUUGUGGAGUACCAUUUGAAUCCUCAGUUCCAUUCUCCCUUCUUCUCAAAGGUAACCACUAUCAUGAAUUUGAUGUCUUUCUUUCCAGUCCCUGUUUUUAUACUUUUACUAAUUAUAUAUGCAGUCGUAAACCAUAUGUAACAUUUGUAUUUAUACAAUAGCAUUGUACUGCAGGUAUAUUUCUGCAGUUUGUAUUUGGAAACUGUCCAUUUAUUACAUAUAGCUUUUAUUUUUACAUUGCUAUUAGUCUAUCAUUUCUAUAUAUGACAUUAUAUUUAUUGAUUCUACGUGUAACCUCUGAACUGUUUUCAGUUUUUCUCAUUACUAACAGAGAGAUGAAGAAGAUUAAGAAGUUCCUCACAAAAGUCUUCUUAUGUAGGAGAAUUUCUCUGUAGCAGGGUUUCUCCACCUCAGCACAACUGAGAUUUAAGGCUGGAUAAUUCUUGGUUGUGAGGAGAUAUCUUAUGCAUUUUAGAAUGUUUAGCAGUAUUCCUGGCCUCUACUCACUAGAUGCCAAUAGUACCUUUCCAAUUGUGACAACCAAAAAUGUCUCCUGCCAAACAUCCCCUGUGCAGCAAAAUCACAGCGGGUUGAGAACAACUACAUUACUUGUGUGUACACAGAAGUGGAACUGCUGGUUCAAGACUCAACAGUAGCCUUCCUUGAGGACCUGCCUUUCCCACUUGCUGCCUGAAGUUAAUGUUUCUUGCUGGCCAAAUCAGGGACAUGCCGGCAUUGUAAGGGCUGAUUAUCUGAUCCUCUUACUAAUUUAUUGGUUGGAGUGGGGUGAGCAGGGAGGAAAAGGGAUGCCUUGCUUUUCUUUUAUGGCUCUUUUAGCAUCUCAAGUCAUAGCCCAUAUGCCUCCUUUCUUGUUGAUCCUUCUUCCUAUAGCUUUGUUUUGUUUCCCCUUAUAGUUCCCUCUUAUGCUUUUCAUCUCCAUCCCCAUCCCCACCCACUGCCAGGGGGCUUGGGUUCUGAGCUGACGGGGUACCCCCCUCUGCAGAGCGGGAUGAGUGGGUGUUCCGGCAGGGAUGUGGUCAUUGACGGCCAGUGAGAGUGAGAGUACCACGGCCCACUUCUUCCUUGGAGCUGGAGAUGAGGGGCUGGGCACCCGUGGAACAGGCAUGAGGCCAGAAGAGAGUGACAGCGAGCUCCUUGAGGAUGAGGAGGAUGAAGUGCCUCCUGAACCUCAGAUCAUUGUUGGCAUCUGUGCCAUGACCAAGAAAUCCAAGUCCAAGCCCAUGACUCAAAUCCUAGAGCGACUCUGCAGAUUUGACUACCUGACUGUUAUCAUUCUGGGAGAAGAUGUAAUCCUUAAUGAACCCGUGGAAAACUGGCCAUCCUGCCACUGCCUCAUCUCUUUCCACUCCAAAGGCUUUCCUCUGGACAAAGCUGUUGCUUACUCCAAGCUUCGAAAGCCCUUUCUUAUCAAUGAUCUGGCCAUGCAGUAUUACAUCCAAGAUAGGAGGGAGGUGUACCGGAUCCUGCAGGAAGAGGGUAUUGAUCUGCCUCGAUAUGCUGUGCUCAACCGUGAUCCUGCCCGGCCUGAGGAAUGCAACCUGAUAGAAGGUGAAGACCAAGUAGAGGUCAAUGGAGCUGUCUUUCCCAAGCCCUUUGUGGAGAAGCCAGUGAGUGCAGAAGACCACAAUGUUUACAUCUACUACCCCAGCUCAGCUGGAGGAGGAAGCCAGCGUCUCUUUCGUAAGAUUGGCAGCCGAAGCAGUGUUUACUCUCCUGAGAGCAGCGUCCGAAAGACGGGGUCGUACAUCUAUGAGGAGUUUAUGCCAACAGAUGGCACAGAUGUCAAGGUGUAUACAGUGGGGCCAGAUUAUGCCCAUGCUGAAGCUAGAAAAUCUCCAGCUUUGGAUGGGAAGGUUGAACGAGACAGUGAGGGGAAAGAGAUUCGAUAUCCAGUCAUGCUGACUGCCAUGGAAAAGCUGGUGGCCAGGAAAGUCUGCGUAGCAUUCAAGCAAACAGUUUGUGGAUUUGACCUUCUUCGUGCCAAUGGUCAUUCCUUUGUGUGUGAUGUCAAUGGCUUUAGUUUUGUCAAGAACUCCAUGAAAUACUACGAUGACUGUGCCAAGAUUCUGGGGAACACCAUAAUGCGGGAGCUUGCCCCACAGUUCCAGAUUCCAUGGUCCAUCCCCACGGAGGCUGAGGACAUUCCCAUUGUUCCCACCACAUCUGGCACUAUGAUGGAACUUCGUUGUGUCAUUGCAAUUAUUCGUCAUGGGGAUCGUACUCCCAAGCAGAAGAUGAAGAUGGAAGUGAAACACCCAAGGUUUUUUGCUCUGUUUGAAAAACAUGGUGGCUACAAGACAGGGAAAUUAAAACUCAAGCGACCUGAGCAGCUCCAGGAGGUGCUGGAUAUCACAAGGCUGUUGUUGGCUGAACUGGAGAAAGAACCAGGUGGUGAGAUCGAGGAGAAGACUGGAAAACUAGAGCAGCUGAAGUCUGUAUUGGAGAUGUAUGGUCACUUCUCAGGUAUAAACCGGAAGGUACAAUUGACUUACUACCCUCAUGGAGUAAAAGCUUCUAAUGAGGGGCAAGAUCCACAGAGGGAAACUCUGGCCCCAUCUCUGUUGCUGGUACUGAAAUGGGGUGGAGAACUGACUCCUGCUGGCCGUGUUCAGGCUGAGGAGCUGGGGCGAGCUUUUCGCUGCAUGUAUCCUGGAGGACAGGGCGACUAUGCUGGCUUCCCUGGUUGUGGGCUGCUUCGUCUCCAUAGCACUUUCCGCCACGAUCUCAAGAUCUAUGCCUCUGAUGAGGGUCGUGUUCAGAUGACUGCUGCUGCCUUCGCCAAGGGCCUUCUGGCUCUAGAAGGGGAGCUGACACCCAUUUUGGUACAAAUGGUGAAGAGUGCCAACAUGAAUGGGCUACUGGACAGCGAUGGGGAUUCUUUGAGCAGCUGCCAGCACCGGGUGAAGGCUCGGCUGCACCAUAUUCUACAGCAGGAUGCGCCCUUUGGCCCUGAGGACUACGAUCAGCUGGCUCCCACCAGAAGUACUUCCCUGCUCAACUCCAUGACUAUCAUCCAGAAUCCUGUGAAGGUCUGUGAUCAGGUAUUUGCCCUGAUUGAAAACCUCACCCACCAGAUCCAGGAACGAAUGCAGGACCCCAGGUCUAUAGACCUGCAACUCUACCACAGUGAGACACUAGAGCUAAUGCUACAGCGUUGGAGCAAGCUGGAGCGUGACUUUCGACAGAAGAGUGGGUGCUAUGAUAUCAGUAAGAUCCCUGACAUCUAUGACUGUGUCAAGUAUGACGUGCAGCACAAUGGGAGUCUGGGACUUCAAGGCACAGCAGAGUUGCUCCGUCUCUCUAAGGCACUGGCUGAUGUGGUCAUUCCUCAGGAGUACGGGAUCAGUCGGGAGGAGAAACUGGAAAUUGCUGUGGGCUUCUGUCUUCCACUGUUGCGGAAGAUACUACUUGACCUGCAGAGAACCCACGAGGAUGAGUCUGUCAACAAGCUGCAUCCCCUGUACUCCCGAGGCGUGCUCUCCCCAGGUCGCCACGUUCGAACGCGUCUCUAUUUCACCAGUGAGAGCCACGUCCACUCCCUGCUCAGUGUCUUCCGUUAUGGAGGACUUCUUGAUGAGACCCAGGAUGCACAAUGGCAGCGAGCUUUGGAUUAUCUUAGUGCCAUCUCAGAGCUUAACUACAUGACCCAGAUUGUCAUUAUGCUUUAUGAGGACAACACACAGGAUCCCUUAUCAGAGGAACGGUUCCAUGUGGAGCUACACUUCAGCCCUGGAGUGAAAGGUGUUGAGGAAGAAGGCAGUGCCCCAGCUGGCUGUGGAUUCCGUCCAGCCUCUUCUGAGAAUGAGGAGAUGAAAACCAACCAAGGCAGUAUGGAGAACCUGUGUCCAGGAAAGGCAUCAGAUGAGCCAGACCAGGCAUUGCAGACUUCACCCCAGCCUCCUGAGGGCCCUGGCCUCCCGAGGAGAUCACCCCUCAUUCGUAACCGAAAAGCUGGUUCCAUGGAGGUCAUGAACAUGCAGUGCACGGGGAACCUGGACCCCAUCCCCUUGCGGGGACGGCGCCGCAGGAGGUCGGGAGACCUCCCCCGGCCUUCCCUAGCCAUCGACCUACAGCCCUGGGCUGUGUCCACCACUCACCUGGCAUCCUGCACACAGGUACUUUCUGAGACUUCAUCCUCGAGGCCUGGUGGCUACCGGCUCUUUUCAUCUUCACGGCCACCCACAGAAAUGAAGCAGAGUGGCCUAGGCUCACAGUGCACAGGGCUGUUCAGCACCACAGUGCUGGGUGGCUCCUCCAGCGCCCCGAAUCUUCAGGACUACGCCCGCAGCCAUGGCAAAAAGCUACCACCUGCCAGUCUGAAGCACCGAGAUGAGCUCUUGUUUGUCCCGGCCGUAAAACGAUUUUCUGUGUCGUUUGCAAAGCAUCCGACUAACGAGCUGCUGGAUGACCAGCACCCUGUGGUCCGGUUGCUGCGCAGUUUUUCCUCUGACUGUACAGGGGGCCGGCCAGUCUCCUUGGAUGCCACGCUGGCGCAUCACCUGCACCAGUGCUCCUACCACCUGCGCCUCUUCCGGAACUGGCUGCGCUCAGGCCAGGAUGACCCCGAGUGCCUCUACGGGUUUGAAGGGUGUUCCAUGGUGCCUACCAUCUACCCUCUGGAAACACUGCAUAAUGCCCUUUCCCUAUGUCAAGUGAGUGAAUUCUUGAGUAGAGUCUGCCAGCGCCACCCUGAUGCCCAGGCACAGGCAUCUGCAGCCCUCUUUGAUUCCAUGCACAGCAGCCAGGCGUCAGAUAACCCAUUUUCUCCACCACGUACUCUUCAUUCACCUCCCCUGCAACUCCAGCAGCGCUCUGAGAAGCCCCCUUGGUACAGCAGUGGCCCUUCUAGCACUGUGUCCAGUGCUGGUCCUUCCUCCCCUACUACAGUAGAUGGUAACUCCCAAUUUGGCUUCAGUGAUCAACCCUCCCUAAAUUCACAAGUGGCUGAAGAACAUCAAGGCCUUGGGCUUCUCCAGGAGACCCCUGGGAGUGGAGCACAAGAGCUCUCCAUAGAAGGGGAGCAAGAGCUUUUUGAACCAAAUCAGUCCCCACAGGUGCCACCUGUGGAAACCAGCCAGCCAUACGAGGAGGUGGCUGAGGAGGUCAGCCAGCCAUGCCAGGAGGUCCCUGACAUCAGCCAGCCAUGCCAGGACAUUUCUGAGGCCCUCAGCCAGCCAUGUCAGGAGGUCCCUGACAUCAGCCAGCCAUGCCAGGAGGUCCCUGACAUCAGCCAGCCAUGCCAGGACAUUUCUGAGGCCCUCAGCCAGCCAUGUCAGGAGGUCCCUGACAUCAGCCAGCAAUGCCAGGAGAACCAUGACAAUGGUAACCACACAUGCCAGGAGGUCCCUCACAUCAGCCAGCCAUGCCAGAAGUCCAGCCAACUGUGCCAGAAAGUCUCUGAGGAAGUUUGCCAGCUAUGUCUGGAGAACUCCGAGGAGGUCAGCCAGCCAUGCCAGGGGGUCUCUGUGGAGGUUGGCAAGCUGGUCCAUAAGUUCCAUGUAGGGGUUGGUGGCUUGGUCCAGGAAACCCUUGUAGAAGUUGGCAGCCCAGCUGAAGAGAUCCCUGAGGAGGUCAUCCAGCCAUACCAGGAGUUCUCUGUGGAGGCUGGCAGGCUGGCUCAGGAGCCUUCUGCGAUCAAUCUGUUAUCUCAGGGCAUCCCUGAGAUUGAUAAACCAUCCCAAGAGUUUCCUGAGGAGAUUGAUCUGCAAGCCCAGGAGGUCCCUGAGGAGAUAAAUUAGAAGUCCUGGGUGGUCCCUGAAGUGAUCGAUCAGCUGCCUGGAGAGGGUAUUCCUCAAGCCCAGCAUCCAUCUGGUGAUCAAAACCCUCAGAGCCAGUCUCUAGCCCAUGACCAGCACUCACCCCUUCCACCAGCAACAUGUGAUUAAUUUUCUCAUUAGUGGUAUCACACUAUACCAGCCAUUUGAGCCAGCAACCUUUUCUGUUGGCUAACUCACUGGCCAGCUCUCACCAGCGGUGUCUGGGGAAGUAGUUCUCUUGGUAUGAAGCAUACCUGUGCCAGAGCUGUGCUUGAGGAGGAGCCAGUUUUAGGUUCAAAGAAGCCAUUGGCUCCUCACCUAGCCAUUAGACUUGAAUAGGAUUUCCUUGGGGUGGGUUGGUCUGUCAUUACCCACCCUUCUCUGAGCAUCCUAGGAAAUCACAGAUUGUUAAAGGAAAUGCCGCUUCACGCUGAAGACACCAUCUGGGGACAGCAAAUGCAAAAGAGGGGACCCUAGGGUCUUCACUUUGCUGGGGAAAUAUUCAUGACUUCUCAAGGUACGCUUAGACCAUAUGUGCAUUCAGGGGACUCUUGUCUUUGCCAGCACUCCUCAGGUGAGCCUGGGAUGGCUAUCUGAAAUGUCUGGAAAAUAGAUUCCCCUUCCCAAACAUCUGACGUGGCCACUAAAUCUUUAGACUUGCCUUAUAGAUCCUUCCAUAUCAUCCCCAAGUGCCCCUUCUGCCUCAGUCCUGUUCCUCUGGGCAAUAGCUCUAGGGAAAAGUAGGUAUUAGACUGCUGUGCAAAAUUCAGAACAACUACGUAAAAUGCUCUAGAGGAUUCUUAGCCAGUCUGUGAAAGUGGGCCUCCCUCUGUGGUGGGGCUGUUUGGCUUAGGAGAUGCUGUAGUAGUAGAGAUAAUCAGGUUCUAUUUUAAGCAAUCAGCAGAGAUCAAUAUUGUACAGAUACAAGCAAAGGUUUAAUAAAUAAAUAUAAAUAUAUAUAUACACAUACAUAUAUGUAUAUAUAUAUAUAUAUAUUUCUGUAGUUGUGCCAGGGACAGACUGGCCAAAGACCAAACACUCCAGGGUCCCCAAGAAAUUUAUCCUUGUAUCAUUGUGUCUGAGGGCCAGAUAUGAUUAUGAAGCUUUUUCCAAAGAUCCAGGGAUGGGAAUGGGAGUGGGUAGGAGGGGUAAUGCAGUCAUUGGAGUCGGGGGCCGGAACAUUAUGAGUGCUCAAUAAAUAUAAACUAAUGAGAA